GAAACAGAAGCAGAAACACGGUACCCUGAUCUGGUGGAUUCCUAAGAGGCGAGCAGCCAGGAUGCUCCGGCUCCUCUAGACAGAGUGUACCCCGUCCGUCGUGUGCGGGUUUUCUGGAUUUGGCUGCUGCCGCCGCCGCCGCCGCUGCUGCUGUUGUUUUGGGUUUUUUGUUGGGUUUUUUUUUUUGAGUCAUCACAUCGAAACUCAGUUGCCCUUCGUGAUCAACUUCUGAGGGGGGGAAAAUGGUGUUCUUCAUUUUGUCGUUAGCUCGCAGCAAACCCGGUUAACGAACGGAGUACGCUACGCGACAACACCAACACCAACACCACCCCCCCCCCGGCACGACUACCACUCUCCCUCCGAGGCACAUCUGUCCCAGGACUUGCUGAGCUGUGGGGAUUUAAUCAGCAACUGAUGCAUCUCGGGGUCUCUGAGUCCAUGAGAGAGUGUGAGUACAGCCAAAUUAGUACUCGUAGCUCCACCCCCAUGGAGACCCCUUAUAAGAAGAGGACCCCAAAGAAGAAGUGGGAGUCCUUCCCUGGUCGGAAUAAAUUUUACUGUGAUGGGAGGAUUAUGAUGGCCAGGCAGACAGGGGUGUUCUACCUCACACUUGUCCUCAUUCUGGUCACAUGUGGCCUCUUCUUCACUUUCGAUUGUCCGUUCCUGGCUGUCCAGCUGACCCCGGCCAUCCCAGUGAUAGGUGGCGUGUUGUUUUUGUUUGUGCUGGGAACGCUGCUGAGGACCAGCUUCAGUGACCCCGGGGUCCUGCCCAGAGCCACCCCAGAUGAGGCAGCUGACCUGGAGAGACAGAUAGAUGUGGCAAAUGGCACCUCGGGUUACCGGCCUCCACCAAGGACCAAGGAGGUGGUCAUCAACGGCCAGACAGUUAAACUGAAGUACUGUUUCACCUGCAAAAUCUUCAGGCCACCGCGAGCCUCUCACUGCAGCCUCUGUGACAACUGUGUGGAGCGUUUUGACCACCACUGUCCCUGGGUUGGGAACUGCGUGGGAAGGAGGAACUACCGCUUCUUUUAUAUGUUCAUCCUCUCCCUGUCUUUCCUUACCAUCUUCAUCUUCGCCUUUGUCAUCACACACGUCAUUUUACGGUCCCAUCAAAGGUUCCUCAACGCACUCAAAGACAGUCCUGCCACUGUGCUGGAGGUGGUGGUGUGCUUCUUCUCUGUUUGGUCCAUAGUGGGCCUGUCAGGUUUCCAUACCUACCUGAUCAGCUCCAAUCAGACCACCAAUGAAGAUAUUAAAGGCUCUUGGUCUUCUAAAAGGGGGAAGGAUAACUACAACCCUUACAGCCAUGGCAAUAUAUUCACUAACUGCUGUGCAGCACUGUGCGGACCCCUGCCACCAAGUCUAAUUAACAGACGGGACUUCAUCCAAUCCGAUACUCCGCAACUCGCACCGCCAACCAAUGGAAUCACUAUGUAUGGAGCCACCCAGUCCCAGCAGAGCCAUAUGUGUGACCAAGACCAGUGCAUUCAGAGCACCAAAUUCGUUUUGCAGGCUGCUGCCACACCUCUCCUCCAGCAGCAGAGCAGUGAGCCGGUCAUCCUUACCGCAUCCCCUGAUGAUGGAGGCUCUCUCCCGGGCCGCACCUCCCUCGGCUUGGGGGGGCCCUGUACCUCACUGCCCCUCGGCCAGCCAACGCCGCCCACAUCCACCUCCAACCUCAGCUGCCACGAGGCCACAGACAUGCUGCCAAUCCACGGACACAGCCACCCGCACAACCACAGCCACCCCCUCCAGGACCAGGGGGUUCACCAUCACUUCCUCACCCCAGAGGAGGCGCCCUCACCCCCGGGCAUGCUGCCCUGCGGUAGCCCCAUCGGCCACAGCCAUACCAUACAGGCCGGCUUUUACCAUCCAGCCAGCCAGGACUCCUUACACGAGGACUCUGUCAGGGGGCUGGUAAAACUCAGUUCUGUCUGACAAAUGGGAAACCCCCACCCCCACCCUCAGCAAAACUCCCCAAGAACAUCCGUCCUUCCCCCCAACUGCUCCUACUCUAUCACUUCCUUUUUUUCCUACAUGAGCGGCUAGCCCCGCCCUCCUACCCCCAAAAUGAAGUUUUACUUCUCCCCUAGACACGCUGCAGGAUGUGUGAACUGAAAAAACUGUGCUAGGAAUUGAACUGGAUGGAACUGAACAAAUGUGAAACCAGUUCUCCUCAGCCAAAUUCUUGCCAAACCUGUCCUGUGGAUGUAGGAGGAGGCAGGGGAUAUGAGAGGCCUGGUGGUGGUGGUGGCCAGAUAUGAGAAGGCCAAUACAGUCUCUUCUUUUAUCUUUAAUAGCCCAGGUGCGUAAGAUGGCGUCAUUUGACUUCAGACGUACGAGUACUUGCACAAGAACUUCCGGUGUGGUCUGUUGAGAGAAGAGAUGUCUUUAUUUUACACUCGCUGUUUGCAGGACCUCCCUAAAAUCACAGUCAAUGAUGUACAUCGCAUCGUGAGUGCUUCCUUGGUAGCUCAGAUGAGCAAAAAAGAACAGGGGUUUAAGAUGUAUAUUUCAAGCUACAUCAACAACUACGAGGGUGAGUAAUGGCAUCAUUAGAACUAUGCUAGCGCAAGCUAGCUAGUCAGCUAAGUUAAUUGGCAGGGGCGAUUAAAUGAAAUGAUACAAAUCAGACAUACCUGGUGUAAAACCGAAUGUCCUCAUAAGAACCUGUAAAUCGUCUCAGGCUGAAUUUGGACUGUAGCUGGACGGUCUCUAGUUGUUUCUGGAGCACUUCUAUUUGUUUCCUCAUUGACUCGUUUUGGGCCAGGGCAUCAUCCAAAGCGGCAGGAUUAGGAGCCAUGCAAUAGUCAUGCUCUUGCAGGCUCUGCUGACUUCCAUCUCAUUAUCAGAGGAGUCCAGAGCUGGCAGAGGGGCGACAGCAGGACGCUCCCGGCGCUCCCACACACCUAGCCUGGGUGCGGGUUUGGAGUACUCAUUCCACGCAAAGAGUGGGGACAGCGCAUUUCUUGAGCCUCCUUAACACACCUGUGGCUGGCGCAGCGAAAUCACCUGGUUCAAAAUGCCAACGACACACUUUAGUACUCUUGGUGACGGUAAAUGCGUCCCUCCGAAUCUUCGCUAGCCACUUAGCCCUUUCCUCGCAGUCACUAGGGAACGAAUGGAAACUUAAGAGAAUUAUAGCACGCCGAUUUCGCACACUGUGGCACACAAUAGCGCUCAGUGGAGCCUGAUUCACGGCGUUAAUACUUGAACGCCCCAUUUUUGCCGUUUGGUCCAUUAAUUAAAGAUUUCGGACGGAUAAGUCAGCAGCAAACUAAUGAUUCAGCAGGACGUAAGCAUCCGGUUAUACCGGAAGUUCUUAUGCAAACAGACACACCUGGAAGUUCCGCAGCGCGACAUUAAUGCACCGAGCCUAUUGAAGAAGACUUGUCCGUUAUCCUCUGGAUACCAGACAGGAAAACCAAUGGUGUGUGGGAGUUUGUUUUUUUUCCUAAUAAAGGGGUAUAUGGCUGAGUGUCAGCCAAUUCAUGCAAAAAGAGUAAAUGUUUUGACAUCACACAAUGUUUUGUUUUUUUUAAUCCAAAAAGCUACUUUACUUUGUCAUGAGUCAUGGGUCUUUAUAUUUUUUUUGUAAAACAAACUUAGACCGAUGUGUCCAUUGCUGAUGGGACAGUGUCUGUUGCCUUUCUUACUAAGACAUUGUUGGUGGUCAGAAGUGCAAUCAUGGGUGUCAUGAUGUUGCAUAUCAUCUUGCUUUUUCAUUCUAAAAGAAACGGAGUGUAUCAUGCUGUACCAUACUAUGUUUAAAAGAUAACAGACUGUAUUAUGCUGUACCAUACCAUGGUUAUUUGGGUUUCGCUUCCAAAUUAUUAUAUUUCCUGUGGAUAUGAAUAAAAAUAAAUCUUUU